UACAAAUUUAAUCCAACGACAGAGCAAGACAAGCAAAAAUAUUCUGUUUCUGUUCAAUCGUGAGGAACAAGAAAAAAUAAAUAAAUAAAUACAAAAAAAAAAUAUCCAAUGUCAACAGAAUUUGUAGUAUAUCCACGUCGCGAUGGAGUUCCAUAUCCGCAAAUUUACAGUCGAUUCAAAGUAAAAUCGGAAGAUGUUGAGGAUGAAUUUUUUAUUCAGGACUUGACUGUAAAUUAUUUCGAUAUGGCUGUCGAUUUUAUUGUUGAGAAUCAUGCACGCGGUGCAGUUUUUCAUCGUGCAGCAGGCACCAUUGGAACUGAGGCUGGUGUUGAUAUAAUUAGGAAAAAUUAUCGUGCUGCAUUUGAGCAACGAGUUUCAUUAAUUUGUAUUGAUGCAAAGACAAAUGAGAUUGCUGGACUUAAUGCUCUGUACUUAGCAUCAAAGUUUGAUCCACCAAAGCCAGAAAGUGACGAUCCAAACUUCCGUAAGCUCAACCAAACUCUGAAGUUCAUUGAGGAAAGCUUCAAUGUUUAUGAACAUUAUGGCGUUGAUCGUGUCAUGUUUGCAGCUGGCUUAUGUGUUGACAAAACGUAUCGAGGAAGAGGAAUCGCAACGGAAAUAUUGAAGGCACGUGCACAUGUUUUGAAAGCAAUCGGCGUUGAAGUGACAUCGUCAAUUUUCUCAACUGUUGGAGCACAAAAAGCAGCAAAAGCUGCUGGAUAUGAUGAAAAUUUUUCAAUAUCGUAUGAGGAUAUGGAUGAAAAAUUGCCAUCUCUAAACUUUUCACAUGGAUAUGGAAACACUUGUAAAGUUUUGUCAUUAAAAGUCAAAUAAAUGGAUACGCUGUCAUAAAUGUAUGUACGAUUUA